AGCUUCUCUACAACGGUGUCCAGGCGCAAAGAGUGCCACUGGGUGCGUGGCCCAAAGUGGGUGAUGUGCAGCCAGAAGUUUGAGUUUUGACUGAAGAUGAGGUGCAUGACGGGACACACAAGGAAUUGACUCCACUUUCAAGAAGCGUCCACACUUCAAAGACAUAUCAUAUAGUCAGGAAAUGUCAGGAAUGUUUGGCCCAAGGAGACAAUAGCCCAAAUGCUGCAUACUCGUCUCAAUUUCAGUGGCCUGGUCAGACUUGGAGCCAUCAUUCACUGCGUGGCCGCCAAUUCCAGGGAGUGGUGGCGGAUCAUCUGAAGAUCGUGGCACAAAGCUGCAUCGAGUGUCCAGAUGAUCGGCUCUUGGAAGAGUUGAAAAAGCAGUGGGAUGACCACAAGACCACUAUGGUCAUGAUCAGGGACAUCCUCAUGUACAUGGACAGGAACUUUGUGACUCAGUACAAGAAGGUUCCUGUCUACGAGAUGGGGCUGAUGAUCUUCAGGGAGAAGGUCUCUGGCCAUCCGCGGGUGAAGACACACCUCCUCACCUUGAUGUUGGACAACAUCAGUGCUGAACGCCGGGGCGAGCAGGUGGACCGGAUCCUGCUGAAGCACACGGUGAACAUGUUGGUGGAGCUUGGGGUGCAGGGGAAAAAUGUGUACAGAGAGUGUUUUGAAGACCACUUUCUGGACCACACCAGGAAGUUCUACCAGGAUGAGUCCAAGCAAUACAUCUCCCAGAACCCUUGCUCCGACUACCUGAAGAAGGCAGAAAAGCGAAUUCGCGAAGAGAAAGCACGAGUGGAGAACUAUUUGCACGAAUCCACGAUGGAGAAGAUCCAGGAGCUGUGUGAUGAAGAGUGGAUACAGGUCCAUUACAAGACCUUGAUCCACAUGGAGAACUCUGGGUGCGCAUGGAUGUUCCAGUGUGACAAGAUUGCAGACCUGGAGAGGAUGUACUUGCUCUUCAGCAGAGUACCUGUGACCUUGAAGGAGGUACAGAAAGUCAUGAUGGAUUGUAUGUGUGAAGCAGGACGGGAUGUACUGAACGAUCCGGAGAAGGUCAAGGAUCCCGUGUCCUUCAUCACGGCCAUCCUGAGCCUCAAGUACAAGUACGACAGAUUUGUCAAAGAGUCCUUCAAAGAGAGCAAGGACUUUCAGUUGGCAUUGAAGCAAGCUUUUGAGUCCUUCCUGAACAAGGACACCCGCACUGCACAGUACUUGUCUCUCUAUGUGGAUGACCAGUUCCGCAAAGGGCUGAAGGGCAUGUCCAGUGAUGCUGACGUGGAUACAGCACUGGAGCAGGUGGUCACCGUCUUCCGGUUCUUACAAGACAAGGAUGUCUUCGAGAACUUCUACAAGCAGCACUUGUCCAAGCGGCUUCUCACAGGUCGAAGUGUCAGUGACGAAGCUGAAAGAAGUAUGAUCUCCAAGUUGAAGAGCGAGUGUGGACAUCAGUACACCUCCAAGUUGGAGGGCAUGUUUCAAGACAUGAAGCUGUCGGAAGACAUCAUGAAGCAGUACAAGAACUCAUUUGCGAGUCCUUCUCUCUCGCGUGGUUCCCGUGCUGGGCCAGGGGUGGGAUCCGCCGUGUCGUCGGCCUCAUCCUCCAUCGACAUGAAGGUGUCUGUGCUCACCAGCGGAUUUUGGCCAGGAUCACCAAUGAACCCUUGCACUCUUCCUCCAGAAGUGCAGGAGUGCAUCAGUCGCUUCGAAACCUUUUACCUGGCAAAGCACACAGGUCGCAAGCUUACCUGGCAGCCGCAGUAUGGGGCAGCUGACCUCAAGGCUCAAAUGCCCAAGACGAAGCAUGAGCUUAGUGUCUCAACGUAUCAGAUGUGCAUUUUGAUGCUCUUCAACCAGCAGCCCACAUGGACCUACCAGGAUAUUCGCUUGCGAACCAACAUCCCUGUAGAGCCUGUGGAUGAGUUGAAGAGGCACCUUCAGAGCCUCUACGUGAACCCGAAGGCAAAGAUCCUCGUGAAACUGGGAGAUGGUGAGAAGAAGGAGCCUGAGGAGAACGACCAGUUUAUGGUGAACCCCCAGUUUGAGAGCAAGCUCUUGAGGAUCAAAGUGCCUUUGGUACUGUCUAAGAACACUGAGUCGGCCACUGGAGCUCCCCAGGGUGCCGAUGGCCCCAGCGACGUGCCAGCCACGGUGGAGGAGGACCGAAAGCACUUGGUGGAGGCGGUCGUGGUGCGAGUCAUGAAAAGUCGCAAGACACUGGAGCACAACCAGCUCGUGAUGGAGGUGACAAGGCACUUGACCGCUCGGUUCCAGCCAUCACCAACGCUCAUCAAGCAGCGGAUCGAAAAGCUGAUUGAGAGGGAGUACUUGGAAAGAUCACAGGCAGAUAGGAGAGUUUACAACUAUUUGGCCUGAGGGGACGCCUGGGGGCUGUCCAUGUUGCCAGACUCACAGCCUGUUUCAUCCAUCUGAAGCCG